AUGAGAAUUCGCUUUUUGACGCUUAAAUCCACGCUGGGCUCAAUAAUAAGAAGCCCCUUGAAGGGUUUCCAAUUUUUGACAGGAGCUAGCUCAUCGAACACACAGUCAGAAUCACCUGAAGCCUCCAUUAAAUAUGCCACGGAGAAACAGAUAUUGAGAACACCGUCUGCACCGACAGCCAUCCCUCUGAGGGAGAUUAUUUAUAAAGUGCCCGGUUUGUUCCCUCGCCCUCUAGAAGAUUCUGUUAAGGAUUUCCGAGAUUUCAUCAAAAACGAGGAUAGCUUUCAAACUGAGCUCUUGGCAACGUUGCCAUUUUAUCCAAACCCGUCGACAGCCAAGAAGUCGAAACUUAUAAAGACUGCUGUUGAUGAUGACGGUAAUUAUAUCAAUGAAUUUUGCAUAUAUCCUCAGACACCUUCAGUACCUGAAGCUGAUUUGAAACACUUGGUUUUCAUUCACGGGUACGGUGCCGGAUUGGGUUUUUUUAUUAAGAAUUUUGAAGAUAUCCCUCUAUUAAAUAAUGAAUGGUGUGUUCAUGCCAUUGAUUUGCCCGGGUACGGCUUUUCUUCAAGACCAAAAUUUCCAUUCAAGUAUCCAAGAGAUGAUAUUCAUAGCGUUCAAGAUUGGUUUCACGAGAGGAUACACACUUGGUUUAAGAAAAGAAACCUUUUAGACAAACCUGAAAAAAAUAUUGUCAUGGCCCAUUCUUUGGGAUCUUAUUUGAUGGCAUUAUACUUACAAAAAUAUGAAAAGUCUCCGUCUUUCAAGAAAUUGAUUCUUUGUUCCCCGGCAGGCGUAUCUCACAGAGAUUUUAAUAGUAGUAAUUCAGACGUUGAGAAAUGGAAACCCCCUCCUUGGUGGUACGUUAAGCUUUGGGAUAAGAAUAUUUCUCCAUUUACGCUAGUGAGAAACUCUCGCCAGUUCGGUUCCAAAAUCACAAGCGGAUGGUCAUAUCGGCGUUUUAAACAUAUCUUGAACGGUGAUCCGGAUCAAUCAAAACGGUUUGAAGCUUUGCAUAGAUAUGCUUAUUCCAUUUUCAACAAACGUGGUUCAGGCGAAUACCUAUUAAGUUUUGCUCUGAAGUGUGGCGGUGAACCAAGAUUAUCCCUGGAAGAGCAAUUAUUUAACGGCAAGAACGCAAGUGUUUUAGAGAAUGCGAAGUAUGAGUGGAUUUGGCUCUAUGGGGAUGACGAUUGGAUGGAUGUCAAUGGUGGACUUAGAGUCUCUAAACUUUUAAACGAUAAGUUGAAGCAAAAAAGCAAUGUUAUCACCGUCCCUAAUGCAGGACAUCAUUUAUAUUUGGAUAACCAUAAAUUUUUCAACAGUAUCAUUAUGAAAGAAAUGCAAAAAGUAUGA